GCCGGCACAUUUCGAUCUCAACUGUGAAAAAGGAAGGAGAUGAGAAGAACACUUGAAAAAACCUCCGAAAAUAUUUUUAGAGAUAGAUAAUUUGAUUUCAUUUUUAUUAUACUGUUUAACUGACGACAAAUGAUCACAAUGUAUUUUUCUUUAGUAUAUGCUCAUACAACUGAGCGCAGGCCAUAAAGAACAGUCGUUGUUUCUGUGAAUAGCAGCUAUUGUUGCAAACGCGUCUCUUUCUCUGACAUAAUUGUGAUCAUAGUGUUCUAUUAAGAUUCGGUUGUCUUGAAUUCAAUCAACGUGAAAUUGCGGAAAGACUAUUGUCCAGUAUUAAAUAAUGGGCCCGGCAAAAGUUCAUCGUCAAUCGGUGCUUAUGUUUAUACUUGCGAUUUUGACGCACAUUGUGUCAGCACUAUUGCGAACUGUGAUUCGCAUCAAACAACCGAAGGCUCAGACAUAGAUCAAUUCCAAUUGCAUUCAGUCAGAAAUCAUAUAUGAUAAAAACAACAGUGAGACAACAACCAGAAGAAACAGAAAAAAAACGAGCGCAUUUUUUCACGGAGAAGAAAUUUGUUUGAGUCAUACAGUUUAUUUUCACACGAUUUUUGUGCAUAACAGGAAAAGAAAACGGUGAUAAACAUCAUGUUUGCAUUGAUAAAAUUGUCAAGUGUAGGAUGCCAGAUUGUCCACACUCAAAGGAAAUCAUCAACUGUGGCCGCUCAAAAUUUUCGCGUAAUUUUACAAAAGCAAGUGAAUGAAAUUCAUGCAGCCGGAACGUACAAAAAUGAACGAGUCAUUUCAUCGCCACAAAAAACCAUCAUCAAGAUCGAGGGAUCAUCAAAGAGCGUUGUCAAUUUUUGCGCCAAUAACUAUUUGGGCAUGUCGAACAACAAAGAGGUGGUUCAGUUUAGCAAGCAAAUCCUCGAAAAAUAUGGAUCCGGAUUGAGCUCGGUGCGAUUCAUUUGCGGUACUCAAACCAUUCACAAAGAUUUGGAACGGAAAUUGUCGGAAUUUCAUGAACGUGAGGACACCAUUUUGUAUGCGUCAUGCUUCGAUGCGAAUGCCGGCAUUUUCGAAGCCAUCCUAACACCUGAAGAUGCCAUUUUCUCCGAUGAGCUCAAUCAUGCAUCGAUCAUUGAUGGCGUUCGAUUGUGCAAGGCACAAAAACAACGCUAUUUGCAUCGAAAUAUGGAAGAUUUGGAAGAGAAAUUGCGAUCAUCAAAUGGACGCAUCAAGUUGAUUGUCACGGAUGGUGUAUUUUCAAUGGAUGGAAACGUAGCACCGUUGGAUAAAAUUUGUGAUUUAGCUGAUAAAUACAAUGCUCUAACAUUCGUCGAUGACUGUCAUGCCACUGGAUUCUUUGGAAAGACCGGCAGAGGUACGGAAGAGUUCUUCAACAUGAAAGGUCGUGUUGAUAUAAUAAAUUCAACACUAGGCAAAGCAUUGGGUGGCGCUGCUGGUGGCUAUACAACUGGCCCAAGCGAAUUGAUUGAUUUGCUAAAACAGAAAUCUCGCCCAUAUCUGUUUUCGAACACCUUACCGCCGGCGGUCGUGGCAAGUGCUAGCAAAGUUAUCGAUUUGCUGAUGCAUUCAUCGGAAUAUCCGCAACGAGUUCAAAGCAAUACCGAACGAUUCCGUAGCAAAAUGGUUGCGGCUGGUUUCACCAUUUCCGGUGCUGAUCACGCCAUUUGCCCUGUGAUGCUGGGAGAAGCAAGAUUGGCUAAUGUUUUCGCCGAUGAAAUGCUAAAGAAGGGAAUAUAUGUGAUUGGCUUCAGUUAUCCGGUUGUUCCAAAGGGCAAAGCUCGUAUUCGUGUUCAAAUAUCGGCGGCCCAUACCACUGAACAAAUUGACCAAUGCGUUGAUGCUUUCAUUGAGGUCGGCCGACAAUUGCAAGUGAUACCAUAAAAAUAUCGGGAAAAAGAACAUUCAGAGCACAAAAAAUGUUGAAACAAAGAAAUGAAAUGAUUCCAAUGAGAUUGUUUUUAAAAUAUCAUCAAUGUUGUUUUGGUUUUUCAGUUUAAUUAUGGCCGAAAUGAGAUUAAUAAUGUACACUUUUCUUUUAAUUAUUCAAAGAAAAAAAAUCUUCUAAUUUAUGUAUAUAUCCAUUAAAAUUAAAUAGGUUUGUUUUUCCUCA